UUUCGCCCGGGUUCUUCAGAACCUCAGAGACAUCGAUCGUCUUGAGAGAGAGAGAGAGAGAGAGGGAGGCAAAGAUCUUUCAUCUCCCGCGUUCGUCGUCUUGGUUUGAAGUUGAGAGAAGAAGAAGAAGAAGAUGGGAGAACGGAAGGUGUUGAACAAGUAUUACCCGCCGGAUUUCGAUCCUUCGAAGCUGCCUAGGGCUCGGAGGCCCAAAAAUCAGCAGAUCAAGGUUCGGAUGAUGCUUCCGAUGAGCAUCCGAUGCAACACCUGCGGGAAUUACAUUUACAAGGGGACCAAGUUCAAUUCCCGGAAGGAGGACGUGAUCGGCGAGACGUAUUUGGGGAUCCAGAUAUUCAGGUUUUACUUCAAGUGCACCAAGUGCUCUGCUGAGCUCGCGAUGAAGACCGAUCCGCAGAAUUCGGAUUACGUCGUGGAGUCAGGGGCGACGAGGAAUUUUGAGCCCUGGCGUGAGCAGGAUGAGGUGGUGGAGAAUGAGAAAAGAAAGCGGGAGGCUGAAGAGAUGGGCGAUGCCAUGAAGUCCCUGGAGAAUAGGACAUUGGAUUCUAAGAGAGAGAUGGAUAUUCUUGCUGCGCUCGAUGAGAUGAAAUCCAUGAGGUCUCGACAUGCGACCGUGAGCGUAGAUGCAAUGCUAGAGGCGUUACAACGGACGUCUGCUGCAAAGGAAAAGAAAUUGGAGGAAGAAGAUGAAGCGCUUAUUAAAUCCAUAGUAUUCCAUACAUCCAAAGAUUUUGUCCGUAGGAUCGAAGUUGAAGAUUCUGAGGAUGAGGAAGAUCUAUCUCCACCUUCUGCUGGUGAUGACGAAUCAGUGAACAGAACUCUCAAGAAGGAAAAAUUGUCUGAGGACUUUCUGGACAAGCCAACAGAUUCCUUGACAGAAGCUACUUCCAGCGACAUCUCAAAUGACAGAGGAGAUUUUGUUGGGUCGAGAGAGCGAACAGAGAGAAAAUCGUUGUUCAACUCUUCCUCUGUGCGAAUAGCUGUUGUAAAGAAAGCUGCUCCAACUUCCAGCAUCAGUGCUUCAGGAAAAAUUGAUGAGACUAAGAAAGAAGCGGAUAAGAGCGUUGGCCUGAGCAUUGGGCUACAAUCAUUGUGCCAAAGCUAUGGAAGUAGCGACGAGGACGAUUGAAUUAUGAGAUUAGGUGCAAAUGGUAUAAUGUAUUUUCUCUCUGUAUUAGUAGAAAGCUUUUUGGGCUCGCUGGGAAUUUUCUGAUUGAAGGGAUUGUGAAAAAAUGUAGUCUCUCUAUGCAUGACAAUGAUUUUCCCACUAAAUUUUUCUCUGGGUGCAUACUUGCCUUACAGUUUUGCAAUCUACAUUGGGAUUUUUUCUUCUGA